GCCAGGGCUCUGUGGUAACCAGAGCAUGGCAAAAAACACCCUGGAGCCUGUGGAUGUUUGUUACGAUCCUUGAUAAUGUAAGGAAUGUUGAUACAAGUAUGUUAACUAUCGCAGACAACGUGGAGAAGCUGUCUGCUUUGUCCCUAAAUAGAGUUUUAUUUACUGUCUAGCUCAGUGUUUAAUACCUAUUUUUCUCCUUUAGUAUUUAGUCAGCUUAUUUGCUUUUUUAUCCACUGACUUCAGAUAAUUUGACUUUCCACUGAUUACUUGUCAUAUCAGACAGAGUGCUAAACUUAGAAAUUAAGAGUACAGAGUUAAAUUUAAAAUUUGUUGAAACGUAUUCAUCAUGAUGUAGUCUAUUUAAUGUCUUGGCAGUGCCUCUGGCUCUUCUCAUUUAACAUUUUAGGAGACAGACUGGCAGCAGUUGUAAGCUGAAACGUGGUUGUAUGCAGAAUGAGACUGAUAGGAGUACGAGAGACAGUGGAGAAAAUUCGCAAGUGUAGCUGUGUAUGUGUGUUUCCUUAAAUUAAAGGGUGACACAUUUGUUUAAAAUAGAAUUUUAUGUUGUUUGUCAAGGCUAUUACAACUUCAUGAUAGAUGAUACUAAGACCGAAACUGGCUUUAAAUACGUUUUAUGGAAUAACAAGUUUGUCUCUUACAGUAUUGUCAUUGUGUCAGAUGAAUUGUUUUUAUAUAAGCAUGUUUUACAAUAUGGUUGAGUCACUUGUCCCCAGUAGACCUGAAAUUGAUUACUCAGAGGGAAAGCAUGCCAUUACAAUAUAUUCUUAGCUGUGCCUUUCUAUCACUCAGCUGUCAAGUCCUAUGGAAUCUAAAAUAGAACCGACCAAUGGGAGGCCGUCCGCACACUGUUUACGGGAUGAGCAGGACAGUGGGCAGCUUUAUCAUGCACAGCAGCCUCUGUGCUGCAGUGUUGAGGCAGCAGGAUGCAGAGUGCUGUUCACAUUUUCCGGUGGAGUCCCUGAAAGGGACGGCCUUGAAAGACAGCUUCUGAAGAAUAAGAAAUAGGAGGAGUUACAAUACCUGACUCGGGGCUGCUUUUAAUCGAGUGCUGCGCAGCAACGAAGAGAAUUUCUGAGCGUUAUGAAGGCGGAGAAGGAUCCCGAAGACGAAGACAAUGUCGUUACAGAUCCAAGCUAAGUGUAGCACAGCAUGAGGAUUGUAGAACAGGAGAAGUGGUAGUGAGAAGAACUGAGUCAGUUGUUGGGAGUUUGUCUGAGGGCCCGCUUUGUAAACUGCAGAGAUUUGUAACUUAAUGCGAAGUGGUUUGCUAUUAGCAAUAAGAAACUAAAUCCUGUCUAUGAUGAAGUGUUGGUUUUCUUGUGCUCCUAAAAACAGACAUGUAGCAGAUUGGAAUAAAUAUGAUGACCGAUUGAUGAAAGCAGCAGAAAGGGGGGAUGUAGAAAAAGUGUCCUCGAUCCUUGCUAAGAAGGGAGUCAAUCCAGGCAAACUAGAUGUGGAAGGCAGGUCUGCCUUCCACGUUGUGGCCUCAAAGGGGAAUCUUGAGUGUUUGAAUGCCAUCCUUCUACAUGGAGUUGAUAUCACAACCAGUGACACUGCAGGGAGAAAUGCUCUUCAUCUGGCUGCAAAAUAUGGACAUGCAUUGUGCCUGCAAAAACUUCUACAGUACAAUUGUCCCACUGAACACGUAGACCAGCAGGGAAGAACUGCACUUCAUGAUGCAGCUAUGGCAGACUGUACUUCUAGCGUUCAGCUGCUUUGUGACCAUGGGGCCUCUGUGAAUGCCAAAGACGUAGAUGGGCGGACACCACUUGUUCUAGCUACUCAGAUGUGUCGGCCAACAUUAUGUCAACUGCUGAUAGAUAAAGGAGCAGAUAUUAAUUCCAGAGACAAACAAAACAGAACUGCGCUUAUGCUAGGUUGCGAGUAUGGUUGCAAAGAUGCUGUAGAAGUCUUAAUUAAAAAUGGUGCCGAUGUGAGCUUCCUGGAUGCCCUGGGCAAUGAUAGUUUUUAUUAUGCAAGAAUUGGUGACAAUCUGGACAUUCUGACUUUAUUGAAGACUGCAUCAGAAAAUACCAACAAAGGGAGAGAACUUUGGAAGAAAGGGCCAUCUUUGCAGCAGCGACAUUUGACGCAUAUGCAAGAAGAAGUAAAUAGGAAGUCAAAUCAGAGGGAGCAUCAAAGCUUUCAGGAUCUAGAGAUUGAAAAUGAAGAUUUGAAAGAGAGGUUGAGAAAAAUUCAACAAGAACAAAGAAUAUUGUUGGAUAAAGUCAAUGGUUUACAGCUACAACUGAAUGAGGAAGUAAUGGUUGCUGAUGAUCUGGAAAGUGAGAAAGAAAAGCUGAAGUCCCUUUUGGCAGCUAAAGAAAAGCAACAUGAAGAAAGCUUAAGAACUGUUGAGGCUCUGAGAAAUAGAUUAAAGUUUUCAGAGAGUGAUCAUUUAGCAUCAGGAAGUCAUUUCAGUAACCGAAAAGAAGAGAUGCUUCUUAAACAAGGCCAAAUGUAUAUGACAGACUCACAGUGUACUUCCACAGGGAUGCCAGUACAUAUGCAAAGCAGAUCUAUGUUAAGACCACUGGAGCUAUCUUUACCCAGCCAAACCUCGUAUUCUGAAAAUGAAAUUUUAAAGAAAGAGUUGGAGGCAAUGAGAAGUUUCUGUGAUUCAACAAAACAGGACAGACUCAAGCUCCAGAAUGAACUGGCUCACAAAGUGGCAGAGUGCAAAGCUUUAGCACUAGAAUGUGAAAGAGUCAAGGAGGAUUCAGAUGAGCAGAUAAAGCAACUGGAAGAUGCAUUAAAAGAUGUGCAGAAGAGAAUGUAUGAGUCAGAAGGUAAAGUGAAACAGAUGCAGACACAUUUUCUCGCCCUUAAAGAGCACCUAACUAGUGAAGCAGCUACAGGGAACAGCAGAUUAACAGAGGAACUGAAGGAGCAGUUGAAAGACAUGAAAGCAAAGUACGAAGGCACUUCAGCAGAAGUGGGAAAAUUAAGAAACCAAAUCAAACAAAAUGAAAUGUUAGUAGAAGAGUUUAAGAGGGAAGAAGGCAAGCUGAUAGAAGAAAAUAAACGAUUGCAGAAGGACUUUAGUAUGUGUGAAAUGGAGCAAGAGAAGAAAGGAAGACAGAUCACAGAGAUGGAAGGCCAGUUAAAAGAAUUGGUAGCAAAAUUAGCCCUUUCUGUUCCGACAGAAAAAUUUGAAAACAUGAAGAGCUUAUUAUCGAAUGAAGUGAAUGAGAAAGCAAAAAAAUUAGCAGAGAUGGAAAGAGAAUAUGAAAAAUCUUUUAGUGAAAUUAGACAGUUGAAGAGAGAACUGGAGAACUUUAAAGCUAAGCUUGCUCAGCAUGUCAGACCAGAGGAACACGAGCAGCUCAAGAACAGAUUAGAGCAAAAGUCCGGAGAACUUGGGAAGAAGAUCACUGAAUUAACAUCGAAAAAUCAGGCACUCCAAAAGGAAAUUGAGAAGGUUUAUCUGGAUAAUAAACUCCUCAACCAGCAGGUACAUGACUUAACAGUUGAAAUGAAAAGUCAUUAUGUUCCUUUGAAAGUAAGUGAAGAAAUGAAAAAGUCACAUGAUGUGAUUGUUGAAGGUUUGAAUAAAAAGCUUUUAGAUGUAACACAAAAAUAUUCUGACAAGAAGUUGGAAAUGGGCAAGUUGCUGAUGGAAAAUGACAGUUUAAGUAAGAAUGUUAGCCGCCUGGAAUCUGUGUUCAUACCUCCUGAGAAACACGAAAAAGAGACAGUGGCUCUGAAAUCCAGUAUUACUGAACUGAAAAAACAGCUGUCUGAACUUACUAAAAAAUGUGGUGAAGACCAAGAAAAAAUACAUGCACUCAUGUCUGAAAACACUAACUUGAAAAAGACUAUCAGUAAUCAGUACGUGCCACUUAAAACCCACGAAGAGGUAAAAACCGCGUUGAGCAGCACGUUAGAUAAAACUAACAGAGAAUUAUUAGAGAUGAGGAAAAAAAUUGAAGAUAAAAAUCAAGACUCUCUAAAAAUAAAACAUGAGAAUGAUAUACUAAAAAGAAACCUGGAAAACACUCACAACCAAAUGAAAGCUGAGUAUAUCAGCCUGAAAGAGCAUGAGGAGAAGAUGAGUACCGUAAGUAAGAGCAUGAAGAAGGUAGAGGAUAAUAGUGCGGAAAUAUUGGCUAACUACAGAAAAGGCCAAGAAGAGAUUGUGAGGCUGCAUGCUGAAAUCGGAGCCCAGAAGAAGGAACUCGACACAAUACAAGAAUGCAUUAAGCUAAAAUACACUCCAAUCACCAGCUUUGAAGAGUGUGAGAGAAAAUUUAAAGCAGCAGAGAAAGAACUAAAAGAACAGUUAUCAGAGCAGACACAGAAGUGUAGUGUCAGGGAAGAGGAGGCCAAGAAGUGCAAACAAGAGAUUGAAAAGUUAAGGAAGGAGAUUGUCUCCCUUCAGAAAAAUUUAAAGGAGAAGAAUGUUCUCAUUGAGAAUUCUCAUGAAAUGGAAAGAGCUUUAAGCAGAAAAACAGAAGACCUAAACAAACAGUUAAAAGACUUGUUACAGAAAUACACAGAGGUAAAGAAUGAGAAAGAGAAGCUAGCAGAAGAAAAUGCCAAACGGACUCCUGAGAUACUUGCCGCACAGACUCUUUUGCAAAAACAGCCUGUUCCAUUGGAGCAGGUUGAGGCUCUGAAAAAAUCUCUUAAUGACACAAUUGAGAAUCUAAGGGAAGAGCUGAAGAAUAAGCAAAGGUGUUAUGAGAAAGAGCAGCAGACAGUGACCAAACUGCACCAGAUGUUGGAGAAUCAAAAGAACUCUUCUGUGCCCCUGGUGGAGCAUUUGCAAAUUAAAGAAGCAUUUGAGAAAGAAGUUGGAAUCAUAAAAGCUAGCUUGAAAGAAAAGGAAGAAGAAAGCCAAAACAAAACUGAAGAAGUCUCCAAACUCCAGUCUGAGGUUCAUAAUACUAAACAAGCAUUAAAAAAAUUAGAGACUAGAGAGGUAGUUGAUUUGUCUAAAUUUAAAGCAAUGAAAAGUGAUUUGGAGACACAAAUUUCCAACUUAAAUGAAAAAUUAGCCAACCUGAAUAGAAAGUACGAGGACGCGUGUGAGGAGGUCUUGCAUGCGAAAAAGAAGGAACUCUCUGCAAAGGAUGAGAAGGAAUUACUACAUUCUAGCAUUGAGCAAGAAAUCAAGGACCAGAAAGAACGAUGUGAUAAGUCCUUGACAACAAUCACAGAGUUAGAGAGAAGAAUACAGGAAUCUGCUGAACAAAUCGAAGCGAAAGAUAAUAAGAUAACUGAACUGCUUACUGAUGUAGAAAGACUAAAGCAGGCUCUCAAUGGCAUUUCACAGCUUACCUACACGUGUGCGAGUCCCAGCACGAGACAGAGUCAGCUGGUGGAAACCCUGCAGCGCCAAGUGGAAUCCCUGCAGCAACAGCUGGCUGAUACUGACAGGCAACACCAAGAGGUAAUUGCAAUUUAUCGGACGCACCUUCUUAGUGCUGCACAGGUAAAGAACUGUUUUUCUUUUGGGAAGGAAAUCAUUUUAGAGAAUUGUUUUCUUUUUUUGUAUUGUUUUUCGAGAAAAAAUUUUUUUUUCUUAUUUGCAAGUAAAUUUAUGUGAAAGCAGUUGAUAUUUAAAGUAACUGUACCCCAUAUGCUUAUUUAAAAAUAAUUUCAUUUCUUUUAAUCAUGAUUGUGUAUCUGCCAGAGAAAUUUACAAAGCUAUAUGGCAACACAGCAUCUUAAAUUUAGUGUUGUCUCCAUCUGCUUGUCACUCCGUUUGUAGACAGUUUGGCAACAUACGAUGGCAGCACACAGUAAUGGUGUUGCUAGCGGGCAUGGUACCACGACAUCACACGUGGCACGUGGCUGUCAGCUAAGAGACGAGGGUGGAAAGGACUUCAUAUGUUUCUUGAUAGCUCAGAAGUAUUUCUUUGAAAUGUAGAGAGUAGUGUAAAAGUACAAAAAUGACAAGUAGGAUAUGCAUAGAAUUGUCAUAAUUAAGGGAAAAGAUGGUUCUGUUAGAUGGAGCCCUGGUG